AUGAGCAGCCAGCGGCACGUCACAUCGGCUGCGACUCAUGCCAAGUACCGCUAUAAACCGCGGGGGUACUUUCCCAAGCAAGCUAAGUGGCUGAACUUGACGGUCAGCCUCUUCAACGCAGACGUCGCCGACGUCUUGCUUUCGGAAGCCGAGAAGAACUUCGUGAUCGUCGACCUUUCCCGAGCUUUCACGCAAAGCGAGACGUUGGGCAAUUCGGGAGACAUAUACCACAACCGUACGGUCCGGGUGGUCAAACAAAUGUUGAAAGGAGACGUUGCCAUUGUCGAGUGGCAGGUCUGCGCUGCUAUUCUGAGGCAUCAGCUCCAAAUUCCCGAACAUUGGUUGGAGAACCCCACGUUCCGUCAAUACUACGACGGGAUGAUCUACCUCAGAGGCUGCAGCAUGGGGGACAAGGUGUACUCGAAGAAUGGGAUCAAGAGAGCGAUGAGAGGAGCCGAGUUCGCUCAGUCCCAGCAUAGAAACUAUGCCGGAGUAGGCUACGGUGACGUGCCAACAGGCCCCAUGCCAAGACCAGAAGCGACCCAUCAGACAAGAGCCGUCCAUCAGAACGAGUCUCGGAAGAGAAGGGAGCCAGAGACAUCCACGCCUUUCACUCUUGCUGGCGGCUCUACGGCGUCAGAAGGACAAUUAUCCGCUUCGCAAGUACCAAGAAAGAACAAAAGACGCGCAGAGAGGGACGAAUCGACCGCCACACUUCAAGGUCACAUUGAGGUCAUUGAUAUCAAUUCUGACGACGAAGACGUUAAGCCUGCGACCAAGAGACCACGCAAAGACGCCCAGCCUGAUCGCAAAGAGAACACUGAUCCUGACUGGAAUAACACCAUUGGUCGGGUCAAUACUGCCGAGGCUCAGCAGGACGUCGAACGCCAAAUCGUCACAGAGACCAGCGAUGCCGAAGUGCAAAAGACCACCAGAGAGCUGCGUAACACGAUGCGGUUCUUGUCGAACAUAGCAGCCAGCGAAAGCGAGAUUUUCCGGAGAGACAUAUUGCAUUCUUUCAUUACCACGAUUCAGUCCAACGGCUGGAACGAGCUCGUUCAAUGUGCUAGCGAGUUGGUUAUUGCUGAAGGGAGUGAUUAUCGACAGUUUUUGGCGGAACAGCUGCGGGAGAAGCUCACGGAGCGAGUCAACAAUCUAAGUGCAUGA